UUUCAGCCUCUGGCAAGAAGAUCGUCACUAACAGAUGGAACGAAUAGAACGACCUUUAGUUGGCGACUCCCAAGGACGAUACAGGAUCCACAUAGUGGGAUUUUUGUGGCACAGGAAGGGCGAGAACAGACGUCUCUUCCACAAUUCUUUACCAAUCGAACUUUCACUGAACAGAGCACGCUUGCGAAAAUGCUAUCCCAGCUCCUUGGCAUCCCUUACGUCUCGCUCGACAGCCUAUUCUGGCGGCUAGAUUGGGAACAGACCCCCGAUGCAGAAUUCCAAGCUCUAGUGAGCCAAACUAUGAAUGAUAAUUCCAAAGGAUGUAUCAUCGACGGUAACUACCAACGACAUAUCGGAAGGCAUGAAAUGCGAGAUACCAUGGCCGGUGCGCCAGCUAAUACUCAGACCCUUCUCAUCUACCACCCGCUCGUCCGAGUGGACGACUCAACUUUUCAUAUACAGACAUCUCUGGAGCAGAGCAAGUGGAUGUAGCCUUUUCCUUCGAGCUGCGUGGUUGACGGCCAACUGUUUUGAAUGAGAAGAAUUUUAAACAGGUGGAUGGUUCAAAAUUCAUGUAGGCUACUACAAGCCUAGCCAUUAUUUCAUUCCCUUCGUUGUGCAUUUGACAUAUAAAUUCCGC